AUUCCUCGUCCUUGCAGGGAAAUCAGCGCCAGCCUUCGUUUUUUUGUGAUGGCCGUGAAUUUAAAAGGAAUUCUUGAAGAUGCUAAGAUAGCACGUGAGAAAGCGCUAGUUGGAGAGUAUGAUGCAGCAAGUGUAUAUUAUGAGGGUACCAUUCAGCAAAUACACAAGCUGCUCACAUCUAUUCACGAUCCCACGCGAAAACUAAAAUGGCAGCAGGUUCAAGGACAAAUCGUCGAGGAAUAUGACACGUUGAAACAUUUAAUAAAAAUCAAACGUUCAGGACUUUUCGAUGAAAGCCCUGCAGUUGCGGGCAUGUCGUCCCCUGCCUUCGCGUCACCGUUCGAAGAGCCCACACGAGAUUUUGGGGCAUGGCCUCCUCCCGAGCCUGUUUCCUCGUCGAUCCGAAAUCCGACUCCACCGAUGCCGCGGACAGCUCGUGGGGGGCAACGGCGGUCUAGCCAACCAUCAGGUUCAGCUCCUCGCAGCAAGCAAGUGCAAGAGAAAGGAGCUAAAAAUGGGGCUUUACGUGGUCGAGGCGCGUCUGUCGGAGCUACUCGCUUCAAACGAAGCGAAUCUGACAUUGGAGUUGGUCAAGAGAAGGAAAAGACUGACAAAGAAAAGAUCCUUGCUGAAGAAACGCCCUUGUGUCGCAAGUUCGAUUCUCAGUCAUACGACAAAGAUUUAGUGGACUUACUGGAACGGGAUAUAGUGCAGAAGAAUCCAAAUAUUAAGUGGGACGACAUCGCGGAUUUGGCGGAAGCCAAGAAGCUUCUAGAAGAGGCAGUGGUCCUGCCAAUGCUACGCCCUGAUUUUUUCACUGGCAUCCGUCGUCCAUGGAAAGGGGUCCUCAUGGUUGGACCUCCGGGAACGGGGAAGACCAUGCUUGCUAAAGCAGUUGCGACGGAGUGCCAAACGACGUUCUUCAACGUAUCAUCAGCAACACUGACCUCGAAAUAUCGCGGCGAAAGCGAGAAGAUGGUGCGGCUACUGUUUGAAAUGGCCGUUUUCUACUCUCCGAGUACGAUCUUCAUCGACGAAAUCGAUUCGUUGUGCUCGAGAAGAGGCACGGAUUCAGAGCACGAAGCUUCAAGACGGGUGAAGUCCGAGCUACUGACGCAAAUGGAUGGCAUCAGCACAUAUUCUACCGGCGAUGAUCCAGGAAAAGUCGUUAUGGUUUUGGCUGCAACUAAUUUCCCAUGGGAUAUCGAUGAAGCGCUGCGGCGAAGAUUGGAGAAACGCAUUUACAUUCCACUCCCGUCGGAUGUGGGAAGAGAAACAUUGCUUAAAAUAAGUUUGAAGGAGGUAAAACUUGAAAACGAUUUGAACCUGAAGAAAAUUGCUAAGAGGCUCAAAGGGUACUCGGGAGCCGACAUCACCAACGUCUGCAGAGACGCGUCUAUGAUGGCCAUGAGAAAGAAAAUCGCCGGUAUGAAACCGGACGAAAUUCGAGCGCUUCCGAAAGAAGAACUAGAUUUACCUGUGACAAUGGCAGACUUCGACGAGGCCAUCCGAAAGUGCAAUAAGUCAGUGUCCGAAGACGACCUGGACAAGUACGAAAAAUGGAUGAGAGAAUUUGGAGCGACUGUUCGUCCGGUGGGAUUGGAAAUCCGUCCGAUCAUCUGUUGUCUUCAUUUUUGUGAGCCAACUAUCGACAUUCUCCACACGAAAGGGGACAAAUCGUUGUUGGCACAGUUCUACUACGCGGACGAAGAAUUAUCUGCUGUGACAGCGGAGUUGGAUAGUUUAGAUGGAAAGAAGGACCCUGAAAAGUGUACGUUGCUUGUUGCUCAACUCCGUCAAUGUCAGGAUAAGGUGCUGAAUAUAAUUACGGAAAUGAUGGACUACGUCAUACCGCACGACCGUGCGCAGCGUGAUUUCCGGGUCAAGUAUCCCGAUGACGUUCUGCAAGACAAUUUGGCAGGACAACUCUGGUUCGGAGCAGAGUGUUUGGCGGCGGGUUCAAAUAUACUGAAUCGAGAAGCGGAGAGCUCUAGCAUGCGUCCAUUAGCGAAGGCUGUGGUGCGAAAUUUGGACAAGAUUCGCUCGUAUCUGCAUGAGCAGUGCUUGUCGUCUUACCCGGAAUACACGGAAAAGACCAGAGAAACCUUUAAAAUAUUUGACAGGCUUCUUGCAGAUUUCGAAUUUACGUAUGUGAGCGCAAUGGUGCCCGUCAAAACUCUUCAUGAGUAUUCCAUUCUUCAGGACGUAACAGUACUAUUUUCUGAAACUUUGCAAAGGGCUCUCAAAGUAGGACUGUUGACUCAGGACCAGGUGGACACCUGUGACCCAGCUUUGAUGUUCACGGUGCCUAGAUUGGCGAUCUUAGCUGGAUUGAUUUUCUUUCCCAUGGGUCCAUUACAACUAGAUGGGCCAGCACAGAACAUGUCGGAACUCUUUCGACCAUUUAGGAAUUUGCUGAGAAAAAUCCGGAAAUUGCUUCUAACGCUCACCGUGGAAGAACUGUGUGCCUUAGAAAAAGUUCUGUGUUCGAUGGAAGAACCGAAGGAGAUCCCAAUUUCGAAGAAUUCUUCCGGAGGGGAGUCCGAGUUGGUAAUCGAGCACAAACCCCCUCCGUUACCCCCUCCCGCAUCCGAAAUGGGCCUAGCAGGUUCCGAGAGCGACGUAACGACAGGGACCAAGGACGAGCUUGACGGUGUAGUAGAGCAAGAGGCGAGGUGUCGAGUAUCACGAGUUGCCAGUAUCGAGUGCUCGUGUGCCGUAGAAAAUAGUGAUUCAUCUGUGAUUGCUGCGAGUGAUGGUGAGCGUGUGCGGAGACCGCGGACGGACGGUGAGCGCAGGAGCCAGCGCAUAAGGAGGAGGCAUUCGGGAGCCGCUGCGGUGUCGCAUUUACGGGACCAAGAUCCUGGGGAAAGCUUCCCGGGUCAUCGUGAAGGUCGAACCCUUCGGUUAGCCAGUCUAGGCGAGAACGGUUCGGAAUCUCAGUCUGCUCCGAAAGAUUUGGAUGUUGCAUGUGCAGAUGACGAGGCUAUCGCCUUAGCGAUGCAAGCAUGUGAAUUGGCAGAUCGCGAACAAAUCCGAUCGCGAUUUAGGGAUAGCAAAGAUUUGAUUCAUCGGCUGUUCGUUUGCGUGUCUGGAAUCGCAGACCAAUUGCAGACAAAUUAUGCCGGAGAUCUGAGGAGCAUUUUGAAAGCUGUGUUUUUGAUCAAUGGAACGCCGAGCGUUGAAUGUGAGAAACCUGAUCAUAUCCAUGUUUUCAUUUAUUCUGAACCGCUCGUUCUUCUAAUUUUAGCUGGGGAUUCCAGCAGCGUUGACAGUGCUGAAGAAGCUCUUGAUGGCAGCAGGAUCUCAUCGGAUGACGGUGAGCAUGCGGCUGGAAAAACGCUCGAUGAAGACGAUGAGGACGGAUGCCUUGACUGGAAGCCACCAGAUCCCGGUCGCAUCAACGGAGGUGAAAAUUCAGCGUCAUCGUCAUCCCCUGAUGACCCUCGUCCGGAGUCUCCUGCGGAAGCCUUAAUGCGCCCGAAGGCCGUGCGCCCAAACGUGAUCCAUUAUUUGCAUCCGCAAGUCUCGCACAAUAUCGGUUCGGACAUACCGUAUUACCCUCCCGACAGACGGAAUCAGGAAUCGUUAUCUGUUCCGAUUGACGCAACUGCGGCGGUCAUGGAGAGUAAUCUCCAAGCGUCGCCGGCUUCACACGGAUACCUGAUGGCGACUUCGCCUCCGGAACAGAGCAAGGCACCAUCUUGGGUGCCGGACAGUUCUGCUCCGGAUUGCAUGGGAUGUCAAGCCCCUUUCACCGUAGUCCGAAGAAGGCAUCAUUGUCGCAGCUGUGGCAAGGUGUUCUGCUCCAAGUGCAGUCGAAAUAACGUUGCCCUACCGCAUUUCGGACACAAGAAACCGGUUCGGGUAUGCAACAGGUGCUUCAUGUACCAAGUAAACCCCUUCACUCUUCAAGAAGUUCUUUGA